UGCAAUGGCGGAGACAAUGAAGCUGACUGGAAACGACGCUCCUCCUAACGACGCCAGCAGACUGUCCAGCUAUAGGGACUGCGUGUGUGCGGUCCUGAAGCUGUUGUCAAGCUUCGGGAAAGAGCUCAAACUAAGUGAUGCUGCUCUGAGAAUAGAAGUCAGCAUCGAUGCUGUGGAUCUACCGUCGUCUCCAGACACUCGCGUGUACGCCUGUCUGCAGCAGCACGUCACUCAAUUACAGGCCGUAUCAGAGAGCUUAAAGACGCUGGUGGAGGCUCACCGCGAUGCACCGUCUACAAAAGACGACGCAUCAGUCGACGCCGCCGCCUCGCUGCCCCUCAGAGAGCAGACGACGACGCUGUCUGAGUACUAUCCUUCCGGCCCGGAGGACGCAGAAAGAAAGACGACGGCGGCUGCCGAUGAUGUCAUGAUUCAGAUCAGAGCCAGGAAGUCAGAGAUUGAGCGAAGAAUAUCUGCAUUUAUGGAACGCAAGCAAAUGGAGAUCAAUGAAAACAAUAUACGUGAAUUUUGCAACGUGAUCGACUGCAAUCAGGUUGAAAACAGCUGUGCCAGAACAGAAGCCGUGUUCACUCCGUAUCCAGGUUAUAAGAGCCAUGUGAAAGUUACGCGGGUUGUGAACACGUACGGGCCCCAGACGCGCAGUGGGGGAGGGGGGGCCGGACCAGGAGAGGCCGGGGAGCAGCAGAGGGGCCCGAUGGCGAGAGACUGUGGAAAUGCAGCGAUAGAAGAACGACUCCACAACAUCGAGAAUCACCUGAAGCUCCCCACAGCCGGCCCGGUUCCACUGAGCGUCUACCAGAGACUGAAGAAGCUGGAGGAUCGAAUCCUGGAGUUGGAGGGACUCUCGCCGGAGUACUUCCAGUCCACGGCUCACCUCCACAAACGACCGAAGACGUCUCCGGCUCAGGCCUACAGCCUGACGGAGCUGGAUGAGAAGAUCAUCGCGGUGAAAGCAGCUCUACUGAAGAGGGUGAAUGAAUUUGAGUGUCCAUUGUAAAAAAAAUCACCACCACCACAACAACAACACAGUUUAUUUACGCAUCGUUGUUUUUUCUUCUUCAUUCGUUCUUUUCACAAACAUUUCAGAUAAGCUUCGUUUUUUUUAAAUGGAGGAAACAACUGUUUUCCUCUCGUUGUGUAAUUAACUGAGAUAUCAUUGUUACUUUAGAUUGAAAAAAAUAAAUGUUUCCUUGGAAAA